AUGGACAUGACAACAUACACCGAUUACGUAACCAAGACUGUUCAACAAGCAUACGACAAGGGUAGAGGUGUUUUAGAAUAUUAUGGCGUUGUUGAAAAACCUGUUCAGCCAAACACUCAAGAUCCAAUUCGUAAUUUCAUUGGUAAUCAUCCAUACAUUACCACAAGUAUUGUUUCACUUGCUGUGAGCUCUUCUGUCAAGUUCAUUCUUCGUCAAUUGAAAAAGAGAGUGUCUCCAAAUACUGUUCUCGAAAUAGAUUUAGAAGAUUUAGAUUUUACAGCACAACCUGUCACCCCAUCACUCUCAGCAUUGUUUUCUCAAGGAAAAACAAAGAUGCAUUACUUGACAUUUGUGGAUAUGCUAAAAGUUGCCAAACAGAAUCCAAAUAUUGUUGGUCUUAUCCUUUAUUUCCAAGGAUCAUCACAUAACCCAUUUUCCGGAGUGUCACUUGCUCACUUAAGUGAAAUGAGAAAGGCAUUAUUUGAUUUCAAACAACACAAAACUACCAUUGCUCAUUCACACUUUUUCAGCAAUACUGUAAAUUAUUACUUUGCAUCUGCGUGUGAAAAGAUUUAUAUCGGAGAUCAAGGCCUUACAGUUUUGAAUGGCUUCCAACUUCGUAAUUUCUUCUUGAAGCAACUUUUGGACAAGGCUGAAAUUGAACCAUAUGUUGUGAAGAGAGCAGAAUACAAAUUAGCCAUGAAUACUUUCACUGAAACCAAAUAUUCUGAGCAGCACAAGGAACAAGUUGAGUCAUUGGCUAAAGAUCUUUUUGAUACAAUCAUUAAGGAUAUCUCAGAAACAAGAGAAAAGAACGCUACCUCAGUUCGUGAGUGGUUCGAUAUUGGUGUUUUUGGAGCAUCUGCUGCUGUUGAACACAAGGUCGUGGAUGGUGUGAAGCAUAGGGAUGAAAUGCUUUCAGUGAUGGCUGACAGUUUGAGUGUAGACUCAAAGAAGAUUAAUCUUCUCUACAUUCAAAAGUAUCUUCAACAAAAGUUAGAAGGAAAUCCUCUUGAUUAUCUCAAUCCUAAGAAGAAGUCUGACAACGUUGUCGCAGUCAUCUAUGCCAGUGGAGCAAUUGUCAGAGGCAGACCACAAAACCCACAAGAUACCAACAUGAACAGUGACGUAUUGGUCGACGCUAUCUAUAAGGCAAGAAAGAACUCUGAGGUUAAAGUCAUUCUAUUGAGAGUAGAUUCACCAGGUGGAGAAGUGUUUGCCAGCGAACACAUCAGAAGAGAGUUAGAGCUUGCAAAGACUGAGGACAAAAAGAAGAUCGUUGUCAGUAUGGGAGGUGUCGCUGCCAGCGGAGGUUAUUGGAUUUCCUCAGUUGCUGAUAAAAUUGUUGCACACCCUUUUACCAUUACUGGAUCUAUUGGAGUGAUAAUGGGCAAAUUCUUCCUUGGAGAUUUCUUUUCAAACAAGCUUGGAAUUACCAAUGAUGUUAUUUCGACAAACAAGAACGCUUCUGUCUUUUCUUAUUUUGAUCGUGUCACUGAGCAACAAACAGAGUUAUUCAACAACGUUAUUGACGAAUUCUAUGACUCCUUUAUUGAAAAAGUCAGCCAAGCAAGAAAUAUCAGCAAGGACGAUUUGAAGAAUAAGAUUGCCAAGGGUAAGGUUUACUUUGGUGAGGCUGCCAAAGAAGUAAACUUGGUUGACCAAGUUGGCGAUUUUUACGAUGCUGUUAAAGUGGCUAAGGAGGUUGCUGGCAUGCAGAAUGAGCCAUAUCUUUCUGUGUUCUAUCCAAAGAAGAAGUCGUUGUCUGAGGCAUUGCUAUCAUCUCAAUCACCAACCAAUAGUAGAGAGCGUGCUUUCAAGUCUGGUAUCUCAGUUUUAGAACCAUUCUACGCCAUGUUCCAAUCUUUGAGUGGAUUAUUCAAGGUUUCAAACUUCUUUGUAAAGCAUGGCUCUGUAGUGGACAAAUAUGUUCAAUUCGCUGAGAAAGCCAUACAAGCUAACAAUGGAGAGGUCAAAGCUGAGUUAGAACCAAGCAUCGAAUUCAACUAA